AUGCUACCAUGGCUUCUUGUCAUCUCAGUUCUGGGUCUUGAGGCCUGGGGGGAUUUCCCACAGUCAUCCUGGAAUGAAACACAAGCCAGAGAUUUGUCAGCAGAGUUUUCCACAAUCUCACAGCUCAUUCGAAAAGGUCCCCCCACAGAUGCUCCUGCCAUUGUCUCUCGAAAGGAUUGGGGGGCAAGAAUGCUCACCUGCAGGGCCCCGUUGGCUCAGCCUGUGGCCUAUGUCAUCACGGACCAACUCACAGGGAUGGAGUGCCAAGAGCAAAACACUUGCAGCCGGAAGCUUCGGGACCUGCAGUCCCAUUCUGUCUACACCAAAGGCUGGUGCGAUGUGCCGUACAACUUCCUGAUUGGUGAUGAUGGCAGGGUAUAUGAAGGUGUUGGCUGGAGCAUACAAGGUCUACACACCCAAGGCUACAACAAUGUCUCUUUGGGCAUUGCCUUUUUUGGAAAUAAGAUGGGUAGCAAUCCCAGUCCUGUUGCCUUAUCAGCUGCAGAGGACCUCAUCUCCUAUGCCGUCCAGAAGGGGCACCUGGCACCCAGGUACAUUCAGCCUCUUAUUCUGCAAAAUGAUAUCUGCCUUGUUCCUCAACAGCAAGUGAUGCCCAUGAAAGUUUGCCCCAACAUCAUCACACGGUCUGUGUGGGGAGCUAGAGAAACACAGUGCCCUAAAAUGGACCUCCCGGCCAGGUACGUCAUCAUCAUUCACACUGCGGAGACCAGCUGCAAUGUGUCUGUGGACUGCCAGAUUCGCAUCCGAGACAUACAGUCCGUUCACAUCGACAAAAGGGACUUCUGUGAUAUUGCAUAUCACUUCCUGGUUGGCCAGGAUGGUGGUGUAUAUGAAGGGGUUGGCUGGCAUUUCCAAGGCUCUCACACCUACGGAUACAAUGAUAUUGCCCUAGGAAUUGCCUUCAUAGGCAGUUUUGUAGAAAAGCCACCAAACAAUGCAGCACUGGAGGCUGCUCAGAACCUGAUCCAGUGUGCGGUGGAGGAGGGGUACCUGAUUCCAGACUACCUUCUGGUUGGCCACAGUGAUGUGGUCAACAUCCUGUCACCUGGGAAGGCGUUGUAUAACAUCAUUAAGAACUGGCCUCAUUUCAAGCACUGA